CCAACCUCUAAAGUCCGGGAAGCCCACUCACCCCCCGCACUCUUCUUAUUCCUCGCCUCCGCCACCGGAGGCUCCGUCAUCGCCGGCGCCGCAGCUAGCGCACGGGCUCCCGGCGAUAGGAUAUCUCACGCAACCUCGUCGAAUACCUCGCACCGCAGGCCUCAUACCAGAUUGCGCGACCGCCGCAGAAACACAUUUUCAGGCCUUCCACCGUCAGAGGCCACCUCAAAUUCUGCGCUUUUGUCGUUGGCGCCCACCUCCCCUCUACUGGUGCGGUGGUGCCAGAGGUGCAGAUCCAUCCGGACUUGAACUGGUCUCCUCUUCUGUGGGCAGGACCUGACAUGCCAUAGGCUCUAUUUGCUUCUGAGGGAAGCGAACUGGUUCAAGGUGCUAUGCUUUUGGAUGGUUUAAGGAAGGGUUGUAAGCCUUGCGUGGAUAACAUUUUAUAUUAAGGAAGAUUUAGGGAACCAAUUUGGAAAUCAGUACAAUGGAGUGCAACAGAGAAGAGGCCUUGAAGGCCAGAGAAAUUGCUGCCAAGAAGUUGGAAAACAAAGAUUUUGUUGGUGCUAAAAGGAUUGCCCUUAAAGCACAGAGAAUUUUUCCAGAGGUUGAGAACAUACUCCAGCUGUUAACUGUCUGUGAAGUACAUUGUGCAGCAGAAGCAAAGAUAAAUGGAAUGUUGGACUUUUAUGGAAUUCUCCAAGCGGAAGGGACAGCGGAUGAGAUGACCAUAAAGAAGCAAUAUCGUAAGCUUGUUCUCUCACUCCACCCUGAUAAAAACAGUUAUGCUGGUGCAGAAUCUGCUUUCAAGUUUGUUGCAGAAGCAUACUCAACAUUGUCUGAUCGAGCAAAACGAUAUGCAUAUGACAUCAAAUAUAAGGUUGCUUCUAAAAUUGCACCAAAGCAGGCUAAACAACCGACACAGGCUGCAGAACCAACACGGGCUGCACAACCAAAUCAGGCUACACAACCAAAACAGGCUGCAAAAACAAAGCAGGCUGCAAGACCAAAGCAGACUGCAAAACCAAAACAGGCUACACAACCUAAUACGGCUAAGGAACCAGAACAGGCUACACGGCCAAUGCAGGCUACAGAACUAAAGCAAACCAAUCAGCCGAAGCAGGCUACAGAACCAGUGAAGACUACAGAGCGAAGUAACAAAAAUGAUGCCAAUAGAAGUAGCACAGCAGGAUAUGGACCAUCAGGUUCACCACCCACAGAUGGGUGGACAUUCUGGACAGUGUGCAUCCACUGUGAAACAAAAUAUAAGUACUAUGGUGACGUACUGAAUCGUCAGACUCGCUGUCAGAACUGCAAGCAAAAUUUCUUUGCAUACAAGAUAGGCGAAGAAGAUGUGCCUUCUGUGUUCUCGUCAAAAGCAGCCAAUGGUGCUGGGCAACAGGGCUGUGUUCCCACUCAACAAGGCUGUUCAACAAAUUUCUCUUCGAAAGAGAACAAACAGGCAAGGCACGUGAUGAAUGGAGCACAAUCUGGUGAACAAAUGAAGAGGGGUUCAAAACCAAGUGGUGAGGGUAUGGUUAAUCAUACAGAGACAAGUGGAAAAGGAGUUGAUUUUUCUGCAAGGAAUCCAUCUAAAGCAUCUGCAGCAAAUGGAAAUGAUAGGGCAGAUGAUAGGAUGGCAUCUGACGCUAUCGGACAAGGUUUUGGUGAUGGGCAAAACCUAGGUAGUGGGGUGGACACAUCAGGAGAGCCAGGUGCUGCAGGGACCCCUAAUCCACGGAGAUCUUCUAGGAGAAAGGCAUGUGAUGAUGGCAACAACAUCCUGAAUUCUCCAAAUAAAAAGAGUCGGAAACUCAAAGAUUGGUUCUCAAAUGCUGCCUUCAGUUCUAAUAAAGUGUUUGAUGAUAAUGUUGCCCAUGCUGAUGGAAGGGCUAGUGAACCUCAUGUCCCUAGCAACACAAAUAAAGAAGGGAAAGAUUGUACUGUUAGCGAAGGCAAUCUAAGAAACAACAAAGAAGCUUGUGAUGCAACUGCUGAGAAGCCUUGCAAUGCUGGGAGCUUCACAUACCCUGACCCAGAAUUUUUUAACUUUGAUGAGCGCAGGGAUGUCAAUCUGUUUGCAGUUGAUCAGAUAUGGGUACUUUAUGACGACCUUGAUGCCAUGCCAAGAUAUUAUGCUAGAAUAAGAAGUCUUGAUACUACCAACUUCAGAGUUCAGUUCACUUGGCUGGAGCAUGAUGCAGCAAACGAUGAGGAGGAUGAAUGGACUGAUAAUAAACUGCCUGUGGCUUGUGGGAACUUCAAAUUAGGAGAUACAGAGGUGUCAGAAGAUCCCCUCAUGUUUUCUCACAUUGUUUCAUGGGCGAAAGGCAGAAAAAGGGGUUCUUAUGUAAUACAUCCAAUUAAGGGUCAGGUAUGGGCCCUUUAUAAGGGCUGGUGUAUGCAGUGGAUCUCAGAUGCAGACAAUCAUAGAUCCUAUGAGUAUGAAGUUGUGGAGGUUCUUUCAAACUUCACGAUGGAAGCUGGUGUCACUGUUAUCCCCUUGGUUAAGGUUGAAGGUUUCGUGAGUUUGUUUGCAAGAACAAAGGACAAAUCAUCAUUUGCUAUACCAUCAAGUGAACUACUUCGAUUUUCCCACAAUAUCCCAUUUUUCCGAACAAAGGGAAAUGAGAAGGUCGGUGUCCCAUGUGGAUUUCUUGAACUAGAUACUGUAUCGCUUCCUAGCAACCUGGACGUAGCAUUUCCGCCAGUUACUCUUGAUUCUUGUGUGCCAAUCAACAACACAAUGAAUGAAUUUGUUGAUUUGACUGGCAAUACUACACCUGGCCCUGGAAAUGAACAAAGUGCACAAAAGGGAAAUCAGAGACAUGCAGGAAGGUGGAAAAAUCAUUCCCUUGUAACUCCUACUCAGCAGCAUAAUGCAUGUCGUGUUAGUAUGUCCAGUUAUUCCACCCAGCAAGGCUGCCCCUCCCCCACUAUUUUUACGUAUCCAGAAACAGUAUUCUACAACUUUGAAGAAGGCCGGUCAUAUAAUAAGUUUGAACGAGGCCAGAUAUGGGCUCUUUACAGUGAUUUUGAUAAACUUCCCAAAUACUAUGGUUGGGUUACCAAAGUUGAUCUGGAUCCAUUUGGAGUGCAUCUGACUUGGCUGGAAGCUCGCCCUCAAUCGGAGCAGGAGAAUAUGUGGUUAGAGCAAGAACUACCUGUGAGCUGCGGGACAUUUAAAAUCCACAACUGGAGGAUCAAGUAUGACACAAAUGAUGCAUUCUCUCAUGUAGUAGAAACCCAAGUUGGUUCGAAACAGUGCUUUGAAAUUCACCCACAAGUAGGGGAGAUCUGGGCAAUUUACUGCAAUUGGUCACCUGGCUGGGUUCCUUCCAGCAAAGAUGCUUGUGAAUAUGCCAUUGGUGAAAUUACUGAGCGCACUGAAGGUAGCACAAAAGUCUUAUUUCUCACUCAGGUAGAGGGCUAUAAAACUGUAUUCAAGCCAGACAAUGAAAGGAGUAUUCUGGAGGUGCCAACAAAGGAUGAUUUGCGGUUUUCUCAUCAGAUACCUUCUUUCCGCCUGACAAAAGAAAAGGGUGGCAAGCUCCGUGGCUUCUAUGAGCUGGAUCCAGCUUCUAUUCCUGAUCCUUACCUCUCUGGGGGUACCCACUGAGGCACUGACUUGCGGAGGCCGAAUUCGGCUGCUCAGAAGGAAGACUAAAUUCCUUCACGUUAAUUGAAGCGGUGAUCAGUUGUAUGCGCUUCGGGAUGUCUGUGCACCGGGCAAGUGUGGCAUCCUUCGUCUUGUAGGCAGAGUAAAAUUUGUAUCUCUAAUGUUGAUGCCUAUGAAACUGUGAUAAUUCUAUUUGGUAGACUGGUAGUGUUAUCUGCAGCCGAGGAGCGGCUGCCUUCUCUAUGAUGUGCUGCAAAACAGCUCCGCGUUAUUUAUUAUGAGCUUCAGGAUCAUGUUGACCAGAGAAACAUCAUACUGUAAAUUUAGCAGUAUCUAUUUUGUUUA